AAGAAACAGGUGCACUCCGUCUUGAUCAUAUUUCGAACAAAAAUGCUAUCCAAAUUCCUCGCCGCAGGCGCAACCCUGGCACUUUUCGUUUCAUCCGCAAUUGCCCUUGACGCCCCUGUCAUCAAAGACAACCAACCUCAAACCGUGUACGAGGCGGUUUUCCAGGACAAAGACAACAGCACUGUUCGAGGAAAAUAUACUGCCUAUGGUGCUGAUGAUGGAAUUGGAAUCCAUUUUCGUGUUACUCUUACUGGAGUUCCGAAAGAUACAUUUUUAAACUACCACAUUCACGACAAGCCGGUGCCCGAAGAUGGCAACUGCUACUCCACAGGUGGACACCUAGACCCUUACUUGCGCGGUGACCAGCCUCCCUGCAAUACCACCGUGCCUGAGACAUGCCAAGUCGGGGACAUAAGUGGAAAACAUGGACCUGUGUGGACUGCCGAUGGCGACUUCGACGUCUUGUACAGGGACUUCUUCCUUUCGAAUGUGAAAGAUACUGUCGCCUUUUUCGGUAAUCGCUCGGUCGUUAUACACCUGCCUGAUAACAAAAGGAUCAACUGUGGUAACUUCCACCUGGUGUCUGAUGAAGAGGAGAAGGGGGAAGAGGCGAAGAAAGACCAGGGUUGUUAAUACGACGUGUCUUUCUUGCUAAUAAUACGUCCGGCGUAGAUUCUAGUUGGGUAUCUCGGUCUCGGCUAUGGAUGGUUUAGAAAGGCCGAUGCUUGCCGUGUCGCUUCACGGUUUACCUUUCUUUUGUUGUUG